GAUGGCGUGAUGCGGUCCGUUGAAUGUGUCGUAGAAUGUUUUAGCGUCAUAUUUUUUGCCCUGAGUUAGAUGUUUUCGCCGCUAGCUCGAGGGAAAGCUAGUUGGGAUGGCGAUCUACAAUGUGAAACGUACUCGGAUCAAACGGUAAGACAUGAACUGCUCUUUUUCUUUUGUUCACUCAGGUUUUGUGUUUAUUGUGAUUCGUAUUUCACUGCAAAUGCAUGAAUUCACGAAAGACAAAAGAUCGCGAUGUCGACGAAACGAGAGUCUUGAAAUAUUUGAAUUUUUAAUUUGGAAAAAAAUAUCGAUAGACCGAUUAAAAGAAGGAAUAAUGCUAAAGUAAAGGGCUAUUUUUGAAGCAGCUUAUCGCUGCGGUUUGUCAUCGUGAAGAAAUGCCAAGCUUGUUGCCUGAUUUGUCAAACCUUGCAAGAUGGAUGUUUAGAAUUUCUGCUAAGUUCUUGCUUCGUCUUAGUCGCAGCUUUCUCUUUAUUGACGUACGCAUUCUGUUCCCUUGUAGCUGAAUUUCACUUUUUGAGGGUUCAAGGAAAGCAAAAUAUUAUUGUUAUAUUAGAGGUACCGCAAAUAUAAUCUUACAGUCAGACCCCCUGACUGAAAAGAAGGGGGUGCAAAUUUAGACUUAUUAAUUAUCAAGAACCUUACUUUUAAACGGGUGUUGUGGAAAUCCUUAUGGCGAAAGUAAGCCUUACAGCUGGUUAAGGAAAUAUGUCGGCUACUAUUUCCAAGUUCUAAUUAGAGAAGUUUGGAUUACAAGAGAUAGAGGAUAACAAAUGCAAACUUCAAGUUGGCUCAGUUAAUUUUCCUUCUGUCCUAAAAUUAAUGAAAUGUCACGAUUGUUAAUCCCUCAAAAAAGGCCUGAGCAAACAGCUUGAUCAAGGACUAUACUGUCCGUGGACUAAUGACUUGGCACUCAUAUUCCACUUGAGUAAAAAUAAUUUGUGCAAAAUCAUUCUGUCUUUUAAAGGAUGUUUUACAAGCCAUUAACAAUAUAAUCUGUUUCAAAACUAAGCUUAUAACUUGAGAUCAGGCAUUUAAAGAGUAAUGCCUGAUUGACUGGCAAAUUUUGUCAGUGCAUUUAUAGUUUUUUUUGACCAGUGACACUGAGCAAUUUUCAAUUGAGUGUCAAAAGUAAUCCAGUAUUGCUUUCACUCAGUACAUUGCUCUGUGAUUGAUCCAAAAACACUUAUCCAAAUUUUUUAACCAAUCAGACUCAAAAUGAUAGGUGGUCUGAAAUAAGAAAUUAUCACUGGUAAUUUAAUUUGGACAUAAUAACAAAUAUUCUGAGGCUAGGUAUUCAAACAGGUGAAUUGUCAGUAGCUAGAGUGAGUUAUUAAUUAAAUAAAGAUAUUAUUUACUUUUCUUGAGCUAAGGAUAAAGAAAAAAAUCAGUGCCUUGAGACAAGGAAAAAGUUUGGAGCCUAUUGUUGUCUCUUGCCUUCAGAAAUGAACAAAAAACUUUCUCAAGGUCUAUUCAAUGACCCAGCUCAAGAUUUUAUUGCAAUUCAUGCUCAUCAAUUUUUUUCUCAUUACCAGUCCCCUAUAGAGCCACUUCUACCUCAUUUGACAAAUCAUUCAUCAUCUCGAAACAAAUCAGCAAGAUCAAAUGGCAGCCUCUUGUUGGAAGAUGGACAACUUGCUCUCCCAAAGACAUUUGUCACUCGUAAAGGUGCAAUUCUUCUUUUCACCCCAAGUGAUGAGGUUUGUAACCAUAGUAAUGAAGAGAGCCACUUCAAGAAAGAAAAUGUUUUCGAGGCAGGCCUUAAACUCAGAACAGUAGGAAAUCUAACCAACUCUGUACUUGAGUUUGGGAAAGAGGUAAGAUUAUAAGAUUCGGGGAGUUUAGAUUUACUUAUAUCUUAGUGGUCAGAGAGAUGGUAGGCAGAUGUUAGAAUGAAUCUAGCCUUCUCAGCAGGCUGUCCUUUCUUCAUUUUUCAGGCUCCUUGCCUGACAAAUGACUUUCCUUUGCACUCUCCUUGAGCUUGUCUUUGUGUGCCUGAAAAUUCCCCCAAAAAUAUGCCUGUUCUUCAGGCUAGAACAAAAUUUUUUGACUGUACUUUAUCUUUAAAAUUUCACAGCUGACUUUCAGAUAAUAAAAUAUCAUUUUGUAAUAUCUAAACAGGAAGAGGAAGCCUGGGAAGGAGUAUCAGACUAUCCAAAGGAAGCAUCAGAGAAAGGAGAGCAACCAAAGAGAGAUAAGGCAUCUUUCCUGAGAUUUCUUCACUACCUUGACUCAGAAAACUUGACAGCUGAUAAAAAUGUUCAGCCAGGAGCUGAUCCAGAUUAUUACCUUGAAGAGCUUAAAAAAGCAAGGUAUGAAAUACAAAAGUCAAGAAAACACAUUUGUAGUUCAUAAUCUAGAGAGAGCUUCCUAAUAACAUCUCUGUCUGUUUUUUGAGGGCCUUCAUUUCCAAGUACUGGGAUUCAAAAUUUGACAAACCCUCCACGUUUUGGAAUACACUGAAAGCUAAAAGAAAUGUUUGAUUAUCUGCUUUUUAAGUAAGAUCUAUUUUCUUUGUAUUUCAGGGGCCAAAAUUCUCACAGAAGAUUUCGAUCACAAACUCCAUUUUCCACAAGAACUUCAUACUCUACCAACACUGCUUCUCACUACUCUCAUUUUUUGGAUGAUGAUGAUGAGAUAACUGGUAUAAUACAAGAAUACAUGAAAUAUGGCAAACCAGCUGGGUGGAGUCACAGCAAGGAACACUUAGAACACAGAAUUGUUUCCUCCGAUCACAUGCCAGACAUUGGAAUGGAGGGGUAAUUACUUCAAGAAUUCAGAAAUAAAGAAAAUUGAGAGGGGUGGUGAUUUUUAAGCUUCUUCAUUGGAUUAAUUUGGGUGCCUUGUAGAAAUUUCCAAGGGCACACUAGUCAAACCUUUUAUCAUAGUUAGGGGCUCUAUAGGCUAAGCAGAAUAAGGGAGCUGAACUUCCUCUCAGUACCCUGAAAAAGGAAUGGCUUAAUUAGGUCUACUACCAUCGUUGUUUAACUUAUAUUUAUCAUCCUUUCAAUUACCUUCUCUCGUUCUAGUCGAGAAACUUUGGAAGACUUCUCCCACUUUUCAUCGCCCGGAUCACCCAGAACAAAUCGAGGCAAUACCAUUACAUUUUCGCCGUCCAUGCCAAGUAUGGCUUUUGGUUUUGCAACCCACGAAGCUCAAGACUCGAUAUCAAGACCCAAAACAGCUCCCAUCCCACCCACCCUGGAGUCACCAAGGGCUAACCCCAGGAUUACAAGUGGUAAACCACCCCCUCUUCCGAGAGGUCAGUGUUAGAAACGAACGCUAUUUAUAGCUAAUUGGAACACCUCUGGAAAUGUUUCGACUUAAAUUCGCAACCGAAAAAGUUAGUAUGAAAGGAAAGAAAUUGAUUGGAGAAUUCAACCAAUCAGAGUAAAACGUGAGAAACUCUGGUGUCAUGUGCGGAAACAUUUUGGACCAUUAAUUUUGUUUUAGUCAUCGUUGUUUUUUUUUCGUUUUAUGCCUAUUGAAAUGAAAACAGACUUCCUUAGUUAUCUCAUUUAAAAUUGAUACCACCUGUCGAAGGUGUGCUCUUGUUUGAAGCGUGUACAAAUGGCUGUUGAGCGCGAGGCAAAUUUAAGUGCGUUCUCUGUUUUUCCUUUUUAAUUCGAUAAUCAGGGAUUCUUUUUAUCACAAAUGAUGUAAGGGUGAAAUCGAAUCCGGUUCUGUUGGUGCACUUCCUCCUACAAGUUAAAAUAAUUGAUGAUACAUAACACUUUUCUCGCGAUAAUGUAGAAAUCCGUCGUGGACUUGAUCAGCUACUGACAAUUACCAACGUUCCUUUAAAAGUCGAUGAAUUGUCGAUUAAACUUACUGGCCAAAUUGCGGCUGAUUGGAAACCAACUAGUUGAACUGAUACAUACUAAUAACAACUUGCACUUCAAUUUCAUCUCAGUACACAAAUUUUUCUAUUAGCACUUGGCUCGACGCCAAACCAUCUUGAUGAGAUCAUAAAUGCUGACGUAGGCUUCGGUCGAUUUCAUCGACGAGGUCCCAAUCCUAGAAUGAGACUCAGUCGCAGUCCCUCGCCGUCUUUCCAGUUGGGAUCAUCCAGAGGAACGACGCCAGACUUUGCAACCAAGGUUCAACGCUUAGCCGCGAGUCCUGAUGGAAAGGUAUCGCAUUGAGAGUUUUAAAAAGGGAAAAGAGUGUUGAGAAAGGGUGGCAAUUUCUGUGUGACGUGUAGUUAUGACUUUUUUUAAGUGAAGCCCUAGAUAGAACUUCUGCAAUUCAUUUAGAUCCUAAUACACCAUCCCUAAGGAUAAACUUUGUAUACAAGAGCGAUUCGCAUGGCUGUCGAAUCUUACUCUCGUGUUUUAGGAGAAUGGCUCCUGCUCAGGUUUUCGUGACGGGUCGUUGUAUUGUGAGAACAUAAUAGAAUAGUUCUGAAAAGGGUUCGAACCCCGGAGUCGAGCGCGCUGACCAUCAAGACGCGCCUAUCAAAAACUCCAAUUUUCUUUCAUCUAGUUUGACUAAGUUUCUCCCGAAGUUAAAGUUUUUUCUUGAGACUAUAAAACAUUAAAUGGGAGUGGCGUAUUUUGUCGAAAGCUAUGGUGAAUAUUCUAAAAAUACAAAAGUGGAAUCGCGAAUAAAAAGUUUCAACCGAUUCUUAAGCGAUUGAAGCAAUAUUCCCGCUACCGCCCUAUAGAAAAACUCCAGUGUAGACAAUAUAAGUGUGAAAAUACACCUACUAUAAUUGCAGUCUUAUCUUAACCUUUUUACCUUAGACCGAGGAAUGGAACCGAACAGCAAAUGUGAUCGAGGAAGAAGACGAAGCUCCUUCACAAUUCGAUCAAACAGAAACUGGGAAGCGUUCUCGUCGACCAUCGAGCGCUGCAUCUCCUCGGAGUGGAAGAGAGGAGAAGGUUGGCAUACAAAGGAGAGCUUCUAGUGCUGGUACGAUUGAUGGAAAAAUAGUUAACCUUUUUCUCGGUCUUGCUUUGAUAGUCGCGCAAAUACUUUAUUAUUUGAAAACGAGAGCUCUGCCUUAACAGCGUUGUUCCUGGUGUUUCUGUGUUCUGUUCAAAACUUCAAUAAAAUUUGACUGAAAUGAACCUCUUCUUUCACAGGAACAACGAACAGAAUAACCCGCUCCAGUCUCCACUCUAGUCGUAGUGCAAGCUAUUCCAGCGUAUCACAUUACAAUAGGGGUCAGUCUGCAAGGUCACGUGACGUGGAACGUGUCGGUAGCUCGCCAGAUUUGGCCGAAACAGACCGAGAUGAGGCGUCACCGACGUGGCCUGGUGUGAGAGAUGAUUUUUUCAUCUUACAAGACGACAUGGCUGAUCAUGUCGACGGACAUCCAACGGGGCGAGUUUUGGAGAUACCACGCAUUCGGAAAUGCCAUCACAAGCCCGUGACAAACUUGUAAAAAGCCCUUCUCCUCCCCCAAGAAGUCCAUCGGUUACCUCUCGAGUGGCUUCGGCGUCGCCACGUUCGCCUUCAGUGCAAUCUCGACACGAAACAAGAGCUAAAUCUCGAGGUUCAUCGGCUAUUUCUUCUUCCACCAGCGAGCAAUGGCAAGAUGCUAUAAAAGCUGCUGCUGAAGAAGAUGGUAGGAAAUCGUCAUCUUCCGUACGCGAGAGACAUAUCAGGAGUCGGCAAAGUGGUCCUGCGGAAGAAGAAGACACACAAGAUGGAACUGACAUCGACACGAGGACAUCGAGCGCAAAAUCGGCUCAGGAAGGCACGGAAACGAGAGCGACUCUUGGAAGUGAGGCUGACCUGGCCCAGGUUUCCGAGACUGUCGUUCGAUCACAACCGGUGGUCGAAGGAGUAUAUGAAUAUUUGCUUCCAGAAGAAGAAACUGCUGACCAGGAAUGGCCUUGUAUCAGUGAGGGAGGAGAAUUUGAUUGGCCUGAUGAAACAAUUGAAAGUGAUGACAAAAAUGGCAUCGCAGAAGGUAAGGGUUUUCUUUGAGCUUUGUGAGAUCCUUGUUGAAUACUAUGCGAUUCACUUACGAAGCUUCCGAAAGGAUCUCGCACAAUUUAAAGGAAGUCUCAAACGUUUGAACGUGUAAGCGUUGGUACCAAGAGAUUUCCCUUCCCAGAUUCACUGCAUAGAGCUGUUUUGAGAUCAGUGAAACCUCCGGUUUACCAAAAACAUGAAGCAUCUGUGGUCGCUAACGGAAUAUAAUACCUCUUAAGAAAGACCAUCAAUGGAAAUUUUAGUUGUUUACAAAACUUUUUUUGUUGGGAAAAUUGCGCAGAGGAAAAGGUAACUCAGGGAGACUCAAAUGAAUCGUGAAGUACAUUUUGGAAUGUCGUUAAACCAAACCCAAAAAAACUGCAGCAACCGAUCAGAAAAGGCAACUACUUCAACAAGCCAAUGGCAAUUUAAAGUAAAAAAGGAUCUGGUUUCGAUCGUGGAAAAGCGCGGUUGACCCAGUCGCGAUUGGUCUUUGUUUUUCAUUUGAUUGGUUGGGGGAUUGACACGAAUUUUCCACAUUAAUCUCAGCUGCAAAAAGUAACCAAGGAAUCUCGAAUUGAUUUCCACACUCCACUGAAAAUAGACUCACACACAGUAUAUUUCCCUUUUUUUCGUUGUAGAGCUGACUAUUUCUACCCGUGAUGGUCCUCCUGAGAAGGAAUUUCCUUCUGCGCUACCUGUAAACACGAAGGGAAGCUCAGACCUAGGACCCGCUCAACCAGGUACCUAAGAUCCCGUUUUUGUAAGAAUAAACGUUUUAGACAUUUUGAUUUUAGAUUGCCUGAUUGAAGAUUGGAUCGCUCUUUGGACAAGAAUCAUUGAGGCACCUUUAUCUCAAGUGCGGGCCUUUCCUGUUAAAACCAAGAUGAAAAGGUUUUUUUCCUCUGUGAUCGUGCGAAAGAACUUCAAACGUAGGAUGUAUCUCGUACACAGAAGUAUAAAGGUCAUCUGAUAGUAAAUAAGAAAAUGUCAGUAGUCUUCGAGAGCAGUCUAUCUCACUCCCCGAUGAAGGAAACUUCGUGACGUUAGAGGUGCCUAUUUUCGAAGAUUGAGUAAACCCUUCCUCACUUGUUUUAAAACUAUAGUAAUUGUUAUAACAAAAAGAUGCGUUUUUUUUUUUCCGUCUUCGAGUAGAAACUCUGACGGAAGCGACAGAACUUGAGGAGGAGCAACAAGAAAUGCCAACAAUAGAGGUGCACAAAGAUGAGGCUCUGACGUCAGUACCUUCGCCUCUUAAGUCACAUGAAAGUGAGACUACGCCGUCCAGUAUCGAAACUCAGGAACUCAAAGAAACAGAAACUGUUGUGGUCCAGUCCUCUCAACCAGUGGAAAAAUUUAUCGCUGACACAGCGAUACAUGAUGAUAGCAUCGCCGUUGUGCAAGACUCUGCACUCCCUUCGCGCGUUAAAGGUAAGAUAUUUGGGUUUUCGCGAACGGACUGCUGAAAAAAAAAAGCAGAACUGUUUUUGAAAACAAUGAGAAUGUAACUUGAGAAAAAAAACACUUUUCCUGAAUUUACAUCAUUAAUUUCUCUUUCUGCUUUAGGAUUUGCUUCUUAAUUUUGCCGAGUAUUUCAUAAACUUGAGAUAAAAUUUCAUUUUGUCGCGAUGAGUGAUAAAAUUUUCUUAUGCUCUGAGCUUUCUUGAUUGUUAUAUUUUUGGUGCGUUUGAAUUUAAAUUUACACAUUUACAUCUCGAGUGGGCACGGCUAGCUGUACAAACAGAUUCUGCUGACAUCUCAAUCUCUUUAUACAGAUUUUCCUUCAGACAAACUCGAUCUAUGUACAAGGCAAGAACCUAUUAGAAAAGGUUUAUUCGAUUCUGGAUAAUCGUUUUUCGUAUCUUGCAAAAAUGCGUAAAAAAUUCCGUUCUCUGGUUUUUAACAGGAAUUAUUUAUGAACACAUUACACCAUCUGUGCCUUUUGUGUCGGAGGCCUCUAAGAUUUAAUGAAUGUCAUUACUCAAAUAAUACAUCUAUAUUGGGCGAUAAUGGAUAUACGGAACUAAACUGAAGAGGUUAAUAGAGUCCCACAAAUUUCUUGAGUGCAAAUCUAUUUUUGUCAGCAAGCUUUUUUUAAUGAAGUCAAUUUGAAAAAGGAAAGUUACCGAUCACCGUUCAUGCGCAUGUAAUGAUGCAUUAGAUAACCGAGAACAUGAAUAUCCAAUUGAAACAACACAGAUAUGCUAAUUCAGUGAGUAAAAUAAUAAUUCCAAUCGGGGGUUUGAAGGGAAUCCACAUUAGGCUUAUCUGUCAUGAUAGUCGGUAAGGCGCUUUAUUCUUUUAGACCUAAAGUGAAAGCUCUUUACUAAAAGAUAUUGUGACAGCCGAUGUUGAUAAAAUGGUUACGAUUAACAAAGUGUAUCAUACGUGUUUGAGUAAGUGCUUAGCGUUUUCCAUCAGGAAUUCAAUUGUGAUUCGCUCAUUUUUACCCAAACGUGCUAAAAACUGACAAAUCUCUUCUUUAUUGAUGACCAUGCCGCCAUAAUUUUUUAUCAAUUCUCACAUUUUCCUAUGUCCUUAAAUUUUCUCAGAAGUGAAAGAUUCCCUCCUGAGUGCACCAGAGAAACCAACAUCCACUCCAGCGACAGUACCUCGUUCCAGCUCUCCCGCGCCGAUCAAAGCUGAACAAAUACUCCACAAAGAACUUUUACCAGAAGCUAGAUUAGAACUAGUCGGAGAGGUGCGUUUAUUUUAAUGUAUAUUUCCCUUUGCUUCCCUAAAUUCUGUAUUUUGGGUAGUGACACACUUUUGAAAUAAUCAUUUUCUAGGACGAAUUUUUAAGCACGUGCUAUUCUGGACGAUCAGUUUAGCCGAGGUUUAAUUUCCACUGAUGUGAUAUGUACUUUACGAUUCAGUCAUAAUUGACAGAAUUUUUGCAUGUGCAGCUUUCAAUCAUUUGAAGUGGCAAAUACCUUUAAGAGUGAUGGCUGGUCAUGUUGCAAACGGCAAAACUGACGAUACUUACAAACAUUUCCAUACAUUUCUUGAAGUCGCUGCUAAGUUAGUUAUCAAGGACAAUCAUUUGGCCGUCCGCUAAGCUUAGAUUUUGUCCACCGACCAAACAACCACCACGACCAGAUUUUUAGAAGGCAACAACAUUCAAACGGUAUGAUUCAGGUCGUGAAAACGCGUGACUUCGAAGAAUUUAAAUAAUACUUUUCCAAUGCUAGAUACUCUUUUGCCUAUUCCACACGCUGCGUGAAUAAGUGCCUGCGGAUACACAGGAUAGAGCAGCGGCAUAACCCACCUCAAGUAAGGCGCGCGGAAAUUUGAAUCCGUGAACCCAGCCCUCCCCCCUCCCACCUCCUUUGAAAAAUCCUGGCCACGCCCCUGUUCUUUUCUAUUUUAUGGUAGUAUCCUGCCUCCUCUACAAUGCUCCAUAUCUCUUUCGCUAACAUUUACGUUACUCAAUUUAUAUCCAAUAGGUGGACGAUAAUCAACCUCCUUCUCCCUAUAAGGAAACCAUUGACAUCGAGAAAUCGCGGCCAUCGUCCCCAAUAACAGAAGACCAGAGAAGUGUUCCCGUGAGUAUCGGUGAGGCCGUGCGAAAUUACAUCGAGUCUGGGCAAGAGCCUCAAAUUCGUGAUAGGUCUACGCGAAGCCGUCGAGGUUCAGAGACUGGGGCUGAGGAAAAAGACAUUGAAGCGAAAGCUGUGGAGAAGUCAAGCCUCUCGAGUAUGGAAAAAGAAGCGAUGAGUCCAACUAAACCUGAAGCUGUGAAACCUAAAAUAAAUAAGCAAUCUAAACCCAUCUCGUCAAACGUCAUUGAAAAGCCGUUUGGUAAAAACAAGGCUGAGUCGAAACCUGAUCAUUCAGAAUUGAAUUUAUUAAAAAGCGACGACAAGGCAAAAGAGGUGAAAGAACCAACAGACGAAGAAAGAGAAGCCCGCCGUCAGAUAGUCAGCAGUUUGCUUAACAAACAUGAUGCGCCUAGAGAUGGCAAACUGGAGUUGGAGGGUAUUGGGAAAGAGGGAGAAGGAAUCGAUUCCUCUUCAGGAGGACUGGUCACUAGAACAAGUCCACUUGUAGCAGAGAAAAAGAACGAUUUGUCCGAUUUGGCGGCACUGGUUAAUAAAAAUAAGACACCAAGUAAACUUAAAGAAAAGGUAAGUACAUUUUGAUCGAUAUAGCGAGAAUUUUGACAAACUUCAUGGGGAAAUGACAUGGCAAAUAAUUUUUGAAUAAAUUUCGUUCAGUUAGAACCUCCGUCUGUGUGGUGCUGAUGAAAUUGUGCAUCAAGAGUUAUCCCUACAUUUUUUCUUGCUAAAACGUUUGACCCCAUUCCCAUAAAGUACCCAGGGCUCUACGCUACGAGAAAUUUUCUUAAGGCAGAAAUUCAACUGUGUCAAUUAUAAACCAACAAGGCAGCUAAGCUCUUUGUUAAAAACAGGGUCAUGAGAAGGACCUAUGCUGGCUUUAAUACAGGCAUAGAAUGUCCAUGUCCAAUCUUAAGCCCCAAAUGAAUAUUUUUGCCAAACUUAAGAAUAAGCAAUCGUAAUUAUAAAAUAUUUUCCGUCUGAAUUAUUUCAGAAAGCCGAUUCGAAGAAGAAAUCUGGAAAACAUGGGAAAUCUGCCAAGAAAAAAGAUGAAAUUACAGUAGAUCCUGAAAACAUAGAUUUUGAAGCAUUCAAUACACCAGAUAUGUUAGAUGGAAUGGAUGAUGAACUACGUCAAUUUAUUCAGGAGCAGAGUAAGGCCACGUCAGCUACUGAUAAUCAGCCAAGUAGUAGCGCUUCUGCUGUCAAUUAUACAAAAACGAGGAAGGAGUCUGUGCAGACCUUAGAUAUGCCGCAAGUUGCUCUAGAAGUUCCACUUGACAAGAAAGACGCGCACGCUCCUUCCAAACCUAUAAAAUUGACAAAGAAGGAGCUGGCUAAAAUCAGAGCGGACCAAAGGAAAGAGGAACGGAAAAAGAAGGAUGAAGAGAAGAGAAUGAGGGAGGAAGAAAUGCGUUUAUUAAAAGAGCGUGAAGAGGAGGCAGCCUUAGCCAAAGCAGAGGCAGAAGAGAAGCAGAGAAAUAUCGAAGAAGAAAAGAUGAAAAGAUUGGUAGAGGAGGAAGAGGCGAAACAACAGGAACAAGAGGCGCUGGAGAGGUUAAAAGAGGCAAAGAAAAAGGCUCGUGAAGAACGAGAGCUACGGAGAGCAGCUGAGGCCGAGCGAAGGAGGCUUGAAGUUCAAAAGAAACGAGAAGAGAAGAAGAAACGAGAAGAAGAGUUAAGAGAGCGAGAGAAAGAACUUGAGCAGCAAAAAAUGAAUCGCGAGAAAAGAAUGGCGGAAAUUGAAGAAGCUCGGCGGCGAAAAGAAGAAAUGGAGCGCUUGGAAGAAGAACAGAGACGUGAAGAAGAGAGGCUCCUUGAACUUCAAAGGGAAGAAGAAGAACGAAUGUUGGAGGAAGAGAAAAUACGCGAAGCAGAGGAGGAGUUGCGGAGGCUGCAGGAAGAGCGGGAGUAUCGUGAACAGAUGAGGCGAAUAGCUGAAAUGCAGGAAGCUAAGUUGAGACAGGAAGAAGAGGAAAGGUUGCGCAGGGAAGAAGCAGAACGCCAGCGGGCAGAAGACGAAAAGCGCGGGCGAGAGGAAGCGGAGCAGGAACGACUUCGAGAGGAACAGAGACGCAUCGAGAUGGCUCGUAGAUUGGAAGCUUUAGCGCGUAUGCGAUCUGCUCAGGCGGCCGCCAGAAGGAAAGCGUUGCUGCUAAAGCGAAGAGAAGACAACGUGGAACGAAUGCAGAGCUUGAAACACACACGUUGUGGACAGGGCAUUACCAGAGCCUUUGUUUUCACAUACUAUACACACAUACCAAGAAAGAUUUGGGAGGUACCGAUUGGCUUUACCAAGAAAAAGAAGGGUUUUGGAUCACCCAGAAGAAAGCCUGCGCCGCCUAAACCGCCGUGAUUAUAAUAAGGCAUUGUGGUGGAUGUCACCUUGGGCGUCUAGAGGUGAAGAUUAAAAAAAUUGAUCUCUGUCAAUCAGAAAAAGCUUAUUUAGGAUAUUAUGAGUUUAAGAACGUCAGUUACAGGAUUUUAUUUUUACAUCAAGAAAAAGUAUUACAACGCACCAAAUUACCCUUCUUGACAGGGUAUGCAUCAGUACUAAGAUUUGCGAGCCGGAUGAUAACGAUCCUCGGCAUCGAGGUUCUUGUAAUAGCUGUGUAUGAGAGAUCAGAUUGCUAAUCAAAUCGGUGAACACUCUUGGAAGAAUGCUGUCAGAUUGAGCAGGAAUACUGCUAAUUACCUCAUCAUUCCUUUUAGCCAGUUUUGUUAUAAAAUUAUUUAUAAUUGUAUAGGAACGAUUAUUUAAUAGGGAAGAUGCAUACGCAAUGGUAAUACUCAAAACUGAGCGGACCUGAAGCAGUCGGAAAUAAGGGUUCCAAUUUUUUUUGGCUGCACGAUUUUGAGCUUUUGUUAAGUUUUCCAUUUGCGAAUUCAAGGAGAAACCGGCUCUCUAGAUGCUAUAAAUUGGCCAGAAUUAUUAACGAUGCCGCUGUUUUGUUGUCUUCACAUCUUGACCAAAGAAAAUCACGAACUGCCCAAAAAAUCGCGAACUGUCCAAAAAGUCACGAACUGCCAAUUACUUGUGUACAUCAUAAAAUUUUGAGCUUCAAGACAAAAGAGUAUGACACACAACAACCGCAAUGGAUCGUUCCAAAGUAAAUGAAAUAACUGAUCGUUAAAAAAAUACAUUGUAAAAUUAGUGGAAAUAUUUUCUUUUCAUUUCUAUUUAAUGUAGGUUCUUUAUUACAUAUGAUGCUGGAAAAUCAUUAUUUAAGAUUAUUUUGAAAAUUGAAGUUAAAACGGAAAGAUAUAUUUUUAGUGGUCAUACAAUGGAAUGUAGUUUUCAGUCUAUUUCUACAAAAUAAACC